GCCGAAGGUGCUGGCCGCUGGCGUCCAGGCUGCACAACUUCUGUCUUGUGCACUCUGUUCCCAGGGCCUGCAACAGCACCUGUCAUAAGAAGGAUUGAGUGUGGGAUGCUUAAGCCUGAGCACCUUUCUGCAUGCUCUGUUCCAGGUGGCCCUGGCUGGUGAGGAGCAGAGAUGCCACAGGCCCAGUAUGAGAACAAACCUUCUCCUUCUUCAUUCACACAACACAACACGCCCCAGUCACCAAAGUACAUGUGGGCUUUUUCCAGCAGCCAGCUUUUCAGCUGGGUGUCUCCUCCAGCUAGGUGUCCCAGUGAGCUCAACUCUGACACCACCUGCUGGGGAUGGCAUGAGAUCCCACAGGUUGAGGGCUCAGUCCCACAAGAUCGCCCCCAACUUCAGAUGCUGCAAGCACAGGUUGUGAUCUGUGGACUGUGGUUCUAACCACAGUCUGGCUAUAAACUGGGGUUUCCAGGGUUCAUUUAAUUUGCUACUGUGGCUCACAAAACUCAGAGAAACCCUUUAUUAUUGAUGUGUACUGGUUUCUUAUAAAGGACAUUACGAAGAAUAUAGAUGAACAGCCAGAUGGACGAGAUGCCCAGGAAGAGGUGUGGGGAAGAUGCACAGAGUUUCUAUGCCUUCUCUGGGCAUGCCCCUCUCCAGGAAUCUGCCUGUGCUCAGCUGUUGGGAAGCUCUUCUGAACCCUGUCCUUUUGGGUUUUUAGGGAGGCUUCAUGAACUACACGACUGACUAAAUCAUUGGCCUUUGGUGAUCAACUCAGCCUUCAGCUUCUCUCUCCUCCCCAAAGUCAGGAGGCUGCUGAAGGUUCCAACCCUCUAAUCACAGUGCUGGUCUCUGCCUCCAUCUCAGUCACACAUGUCCAGCCUCCAGGCGCUGUGCUCUGGCCUGCCCCUGCGGCCCCUCCCAGAGAACCGGGGACGCCAGGCUGGGGUGCCCCAUGCCCCAGUCAGGACCCCCGGCCUCAGCCCUGAGGAGAAACAGCUGGCGCUGAGGAACUCCCUGCGCUACUUCCCCCCGGAUGUCCAGGAGCUGCUGGCCCCAGAGUUUGCCCAGGAGCUGCAACUGUACGGACACAUCUACAUGUACCGGUUUUGCCCCGACAUUGAAAUGAGGGCCUACCCGAUUGAGCAGUACCCCUGCCAGACGAAAGUGGCUGCUGCCAUCAUGCACAUGAUUAUGAACAACCUGGAUCCUGCCGUGGCCCAGUUUCCCCAGGAGCUGGUGACCUACGGAGGAAAUGGGCAGGUGUUCAGCAACUGGGCUCAGUUCUGGCUGACCAUGUUCUACUUGUCGAAGAUGACAGAGGAGCAGACUUUGGUCAUGUACAGUGGGCACCCACUUGGCCUCUUUCCCAGCAGCCGCAGUGCCCCACGGCUCGUCAUCACCAAUGGGAUGGUCAUUCCCAACUACUCCUCCCGGACAGAGUAUGAGAAGCUCUUUGCCUUGGGGGUUACAAUGUACGGCCAGAUGACAGCAGGUAGCUACUGCUACAUCGGUCCCCAGGGAAUCGUUCACGGCACUGUGCUCACCAUGUUGAAUGCUGCACGUCGGUACCUGGGCAUCGAGGACUUGGCUGGGAAGGUCUUUGUCACCUCUGGGCUCGGCGGAAUGAGUGGGGCUCAGGCCAAGGCCGCAGUCAUCGUGGGGUGCAUCGGUGUGAUAGCAGAGGUGGAUAAAGCAGCCCUUGAGAAACGCCACAAGCAGGGCUGGCUGAUGGAAGUGACUGACAGCUUGGACCGCUGCAUCCAGAGGCUCAGGGAAGCAAGGAAAAAAAAGGAGGUGCUCAGCCUUGGUUACCAUGGCAACGUGGUGGCUCUUUGGGAGCGCCUGGUCCACGAAUUGGACACGACGGGGGAGUGCUUGGUGGACCUGGGGUCAGAUCAGACAUCCUGCCACAACCCGUUCAAUGGCGGCUACUACCCUGUGCAGCUCAGCUUCACGGAGGCCCAGAGCCUCAUGGCCUCCAACCCUGCUGUGUUCAAGGACCUGGUCCAGGAAAGCCUGAGGAGGCAAGUCUCAGCCAUCAACAGGUUGGCCGAGGAGAAGUUCUUCUUCUGGGACUACGGCAAUGCCUUCCUCUUGGAGGCCCAGAGAGCAGGAGCGGAUGUGGAGAAGAAAGGUGCUGGCAGGACAGAGUUCCGCUACCCUUCCUAUGUGCAGCACAUCAUGGGGGACAUAUUCUCCCAGGGAUUUGGGCCUUUCCGCUGGGUCUGCACAUCGGGGGACCCCCAGGACCUGGCGGUCACAGACGAACUGGCCACAUCUGUGCUGGAGGAAGCCAUUGCUGAUGGAGUGAAGGUGUCUGUGAAGCUGCAGUACAUGGACAACAUCCGCUGGAUCCGGGAGGCCGCCAGGCACCGGCUGGUGGUGGGCUCCCAGGCAAGGAUCCUGUACUCAGACCAGAAGGGCCGCGUGGCCAUCGCUGUGGCCAUUAACCAGGCCAUCGCCUGCAGGAGGAUCAAGGCGCCGGUGGUCCUGAGCCGAGAUCACCAUGACGUGAGCGGCACCGACAGCCCCUUUAGGGAGACCUCCAACAUUUACGAUGGCUCUGCCUUCUGUGCAGACAUGGCUGUGCAGAACUUCGUGGGAGAUGCCUGUCGCGGAGCCACCUGGGUCGCCCUUCACAACGGAGGGGGCGUGGGCUGGGGUGAGGUGAUCAACGGGGGAUUUGGCCUCGUGCUGGACGGUACCCCGGAGGCCGAGGGGAGAGCCAGGCUGAUGCUCAGCUGGGAUGUCUCCAAUGGUGUGGCCCGGCGCUGCUGGUCAGGGAACCAGAAGGCCUAUGAGAUCAUCUGCCAGACCAUGCAGGAGAACAGCAGCUUGGUGGUGACACUGCCUCACAAGGUGGAGGACGAGCGGGUGCUCCAGCAGGCCCUGCAGCUCUGAGGGAGCCAGGAGUCGCGGCCCCUGCCUCCCUUCCUCCCUGGCGAUCCUCACCUGCCCAGCCAUGGCACACACCCUUCCUGCACACCCACACUACCUGCACUUCUCGCACAUCCUCACGUGGCCCUUAUGGUGCCCUGUGCAGGGUGCCACCACAGCCUCAUUUUACAGACAGCCCCCUGAGGCCCAGAGACAUGCAACUCUCUGUCCACAACCAUGCCACUUGCAUGGGAGCCCUGAAGGCUGUCAAAGUCCAUUUAGGGCCGAGUCCCAGGCCUGCCCGGGGGCCCUGCGGUGAACACUGGUCAAGCUCUCUCCGGCUGGGAUGAUCACACCCUCUGCUUCCUGGCCACCUGCCAGCCUCCAUGCAACUCUGUCUGUCUGCUGCCCAUCUGCUGUCUGUGCAAGCACUUUCUGGACCCUGGCACCCUGGGCUGCUGGCCUGGAGGACUUCGGGAAGGAGGAUAGACCAGGAAAUAAAGGGUCAACAGAG